CGAUUCGUAGCGGCAUCAUCACUGCACCUGCGCUGCCCUUGCACUUGCGUGCAUCGUUCUAUCGUUGUGAAUAGUGAUUCAGUACUUCGAUUUUCUUCGGAGGUAUUAGUCCCUGGACAACACCGGUAUUUUUUGGUCCAAAUUACAGUGAAGGACCUCGAAACGAAAAUGAACAAUUCGGCUGCAAAAGUCGGCGAAAUCUUCCGGGAAGCAGGCACUGCAUUCAAUAAACUGUCGGAAAUGACGACGCUGCUUCAUCCAAUGGGAGAUUCGCAACCUGGUAGUGGGAAAUGGACCGAAGAAGAGAUUGAAAUGCUCCGAGCCUGUGUCCACCGCUUCGCUGUCGACCUUAACAAGCUCAGCCAACAUAUUAAGAACAGAACUGUGACCCAGAUACGGACGACACUGAAGAAGAAAGCGUUUGAGGACGCAGGUAUACCUGUGCGGCAGGUAAGCAGCACGGUGACUAGUAUACCUCAGCCGCAGACACCUCAGGUAGCCUGUCCACUGAGCGUCAUCAACCAUCAGUCCGUGUUAGGAAAAAACGCCGAGGUGACGCUGAACAUGCUGAACGCCUCUGAGAACGAAGUGGAUGUGGAAGGUCUCACCGGUGACGUCAAGCUGGAGUUUGAAGCGGGCACGGAAGAGAUACUGCAAUACUAGCGCCGCAGUCGUGGGAUGUUUUACGCAGCGCGGACUCGACUUUUUUAUUAGCAAAUAUUGUGUCCAUAUUAGUUUCUGGCCUGGCCUCGUUGCAAUAUGGCCUAAAGGUCUAUUCAACCAGGCCAAGCCAAAAAAACACAAAAACUAAAACAAAUAUGGCAAAUAAAAAAGCUUUUCAUAAAACUCUGGACAUUUUAUUCUGAGUCAUGAUCCCUGGGUUUUACGUUUUUAGAGGUUAGAGUAUUUAAAGUUUUUUACAUGGUGAGACUUACUAUAGUGCAAUAACUCAUUUUGAUACUUCUUCUUCUAUCGUGUGGGUUGUGAGGUGGAGUACCAACGUCAUCAACCCUGGUGUCAGGGUUACUAUUGAGCCGCCAAAUGCUCCUGACAUGGCUCACGUAACGACUACUUACUUACAUCAGUAAGUAGUAACCGGGACCAACGGCUUAACGUGCCUUCCGAGCACGGAUCAUCUUACUUUUUGGGCAAUCAGGUGAUCAGCCUGUAAUGUCCUAACCAAACUAGGGAUCACAAGGUGAUUUUUGUGAUAUGUCCCCACCGGGAUUCGAACCCGGGACCUCCGGAUCGUGAGCCAAACGCCCAACCACUGGACCACGGAGGCCGUUAUUUUGAUAAGUACUUAUAUUUCUUUUUUGUUACGAUAUUUGUUAAGAUAUUUUUGUUAUUUAGGGAAACAGG